AUACAUGUAAAAUUAUUCAAAAUUGACAUGUGUCAAGUAUUUACGUAAACGAAUGUUCAAUAUUCAAUAUCGAUAGUAAUCAAUUUAUAUUUUGCGAUAAAAACUUUUGUUAAAGAUUUACUUAAUAUUACUGCAAUAUAUUUCGUAAUUUAUUCAAAAGAUUUAAGGUAUUAAAUAUUUUUGAAUUCAUAUAAAGUUAUAUUAUUUAGUGGUGCACAAUUUAUUAAAAAUCUUGUCAAAAUGAUGGAAGAUAUGCAAGAAGAGACCCAAUUUGUGGUCGAUGAUGUAAGCAAAAUUAUUAAAGAAGCAAUUGAAGUAUCUAUUGGAGGAAAUGCUUAUCAACAUAGUAAAGUAAAUCAAUGGACAUCAAAUGUUGUUGAAGCAUGUUUGGGAAAUCUUACAAAACUUCAGAAACCGUAUAAAUAUAUAGUGACUUGUACUAUAAUGCAAAAAAAUGGAGCAGGAUUGCAUACUGCGAGCUCAUGCUAUUGGGAUAAUGCUACUGAUGGUAGUUGUACAGUGCGUUGGGAAAACAAAACAAUGUAUUGUAUUGUUUCUGUAUUUGGUCUAGCAAUUUAAUUGAUUUUAGUAAUUCGUACACAAGCAAAAGCUUCUGAUAAAUAUAUUAAAAAAUAAUAAGUAACAAAAUUUCAUCUAAUAAAUUAAAAAAUUAUAGUAAUUAUGGUGCAGGAAAUAUAAAAUCUAUUUUACAUAAUAGCCUUUUUUUUUUUAGUAAUAUGAUGUAUUUUUUAUAUUACAAAUACAUUGCAUUUAAGACAUUAA